AUGGCCGUGAUUGGCAUAAGAAGUACAGCUAACACGUGUGCGUCGAUUGCAGGCUCAACUCUCGCAGUCAAUUCUUCCAAUCCCAUCAUCCUUCAACCAUCCCACCAUCAAGAGGAGGAGAGUGAGAAUCAGGAACAUACCCUGACGCUGCGCCGUUCCGUGACACCAGGUGCUGUCUCGAGCAUCGCGGCAGGCACAUCGUCGCCCCAGCAGCACCAAACCGUGCCGUCGGCGUUUGCAUCCCUUGCCGUUCCAUCAGGCUAUCGCGGAACCUCGGACGCGCAGUCGUCGACUUUCUCGCCUGACAAUAAACGGACAGAUACCAGUGCCUACUACACCGCCGCCUGGGGGUCGCCGUACGCUACGCCCAGCUCAAGGAGGUUGUCCUGGCAGCUGAGGAGCAGACAGGGCGAUUUCGAAUCUGAGCUGGAGACGUCCCCGUUCUCCAUACGGACGACUGGCCAGGAACAGGAACGGCUAGAGACAGGGAGCGAAGUCGGUGCUGUGCCCUUUCCUGAACUAACCUCCACCCUAUUCGAACGGGACCUGCAGACGGAGAGCGUGAGCAGGAACCGGGGGAAGUCGAUCAAGGAUUUCACUCAGGAUUGGAUCAAUCAGUAUCUGACGGGGAAGCCUCGCUCGGAACGCACGAACUGGCUGAGUGACGACUCCGGGGAGAGUGACGUUGGCUCGUUCCUCACCGCAUAUCAACAGCGAGCAGAAGAGUCUGAAGGCUGGCUUGAUCUCGACGACAAGGAAGACCUCCUGAAAACGCCGACCUCUUCAAAGCUAUUCAAGGGAAAGAAGCCAGAGUAUAGCUGGAAAUCCCGCCCUGCGCACCUGAAGGCGAACCACGCUCCCAAAGCGAGCACGGCUACGCUGAAACAGUCUGACUUUUGGGACUUUGGUCACGAACCUGAACCCGAGUCUCAGUCCCAGUCCCAGUCACAGCAGUCCCAGUCCGAAUCCCAGGACGAGGAAAGUGGUUCAGUGACCAUGUCGAACCUUGAGCCAUUGACCAUCCCCGAAGUGCGCCCACCACCACAGCAAUAUACAUACGUCUCACCUACAGACAAGCCUCUUCCACUCCCACCGACUCCGGUAGAAGAUGCCCUGGAUCAACCUCAAGGCGGUGCAUCGAAACAAACCAUCCGCACAGCAGCUGCCUUUGUAAGACCGAAGAAGAAGAUCCCAUGGCGAGGCAAGCAAUGCGUGAUCGCACUCCCCCUUGUAGACACCCGUGGAUCGGAAAACGGGGGGGUAAAGCUUCUGACGCCUGCGGACAUGGAGCAGAUACUCGACAAAUGGGAAGAUGAAGGAUACGAUGUUCGAGGAACCGGCAGAGGCGAGCCUGUCGCUGUCGACCUGCAAAACCGCCAAACCCAUCCAGACCCAGCCGAAUCACGACGGGAAUUCGAGCAAAGCAAGUACACCGUUAGCUUCCCGGAUCAGUCAGUUUGGGAAGAGUAUGUCGAUUUCUUGAAAGAGGAGAAACUUCGUGCGCUGGGUGUCAGUUUAGGCGACCCUGAACCGAACCCGAUCAUGUCGCCAACCCCUGGCGCCAUGAGCCGCAACUCCUCCCAGCUGCCAAUACAUCCAGGCCAUACCAUAUCUCCGCCUAUCCCUACCUCCUCUGCGGGCAGCAAUCACCUGAGCAUGAUGCAAAAUCCAUUCUCGCCAGCAUUCAACCAGUCCACAAAGGCGACAUCGAAUAUAAGUUCCAUGAACUCGCCAUCAUCGCCCUUUGGGUUCCAUACAGACUCUCCCUUCCAGCAGUUUCAAACCGGAUAUGGGAAUGAAGCAAGCUACCCCUUCCUGCCUUUCCAGCCUACUCCUCCGACACAUGGCACCCACAGCCCACAGAAUCUCUAUGGCAUACGGCCUGGUGGCAUGACACCUUCAAACAUGGGCAAUAUGCCAAACCUUGGCUCAUUGCUGCAUUCUGUUUCUCCGCUAGCUGAUGAAUCAAAACAAUUCCCCGGUAUGGCGAGUAUGAUGGGACACUCACACUUCAACAACCCUUACACAGUCGGCACUCCGCUGGGACGGGCAAAUGAAUUCGAAAAUCCCAUGCAACAGCAGCCUUUGCCUUUGGAUGAGUCUAAUAUGGACAUGGAAGCCGAUGAUGAUACCAUCCAAUCGAAUAACUCUGGGCCUGAAAUCGCUCAUCCAACUCCACGCGGCCAUCGACACAAUGUAAGCGAGACUCUGCAGAAGGGCGUUGAAAGAGAAUACCAACUUGAGAACCAUGGAGUCGAUAAUGGGCAGAGGGUAGAGGAUGAUUUGAUGAAUUCCCGAUGGGCUGCGCCAGGCGAACAGCCAAUGGGUCAACACUCUUUCUUCCAGUCUGAGUCCAUAAAUCAAUCGAAUCGCCUCCAGCAACAUAUCUUCGACGAAGAGCAGGCCCAUAAAGGAGCUCGUCAUGAUGAAGCUUCUGAUCUCGAGACGAACCCCAGUAUCAAAGACUCUCGCUCCCCUGCCAACGAUUACCACCAAGGUAACAACCACGAGGCGAAACACAGCACCGGCUCUGCAUUCAUCCCAGGCCACAAAUCCACAUCUUCCAUCUCGAAGCUCAAUGUUGCUGCAAAGGCAUUCGACCCAUCAAUCGCAUCCUUCUCCUCAAAUAACUUCUCUUUCAUGCCCAACAACAACUUCCAACCAAGCUUCGGCGGCUUCGAUCCUCGCCCUGCUCUUCCCCCAAGCGUACCUCAAAGUAUUUCCCACAGCGCACACUCCAGCGGUUUCAACGUUGCAGCUCCAGCAUUCGCUCCGGUACCGAAACCCCAACAACCAGUCUCAACACCAAGCAACUUCAAAUUCUCCUCCGCCACUUUCAACGUCGCUGCGCCUGUCUUCAGCCCAGGUGCAAGCUUCAAUCUUCCAACUACUCAGAAACCAUCACCAUCUAGCACCCGGACUAAGAUAUUUGAUAACUUCGAUCCAUCGGCCAUCAUACCACCGGCUAAGGCUUCUAAAGCCAUCCCGAUUGUGCGGCCAGGAGAGAAUGAGAACAACGAGCCCAGCAACGACCAGAUGGAAGGUGAUGCUUCAGGUAGAUUUGGUGCUCAGGGCCGAGAAAAGCGUGUCCGCCGCGUCGAGAGCCAAGGUGGCGAACACAGUGAUGCGCAAGAGCUUAUGUUUGCUAUGUCACCUGCUGCAGCUGAUUCCAAGCGUACGGCUGCCGUGGUUGAAGAUAGUGAUGUCCCAACUGAGAUAGCUGAGAAUCGCAAGAGGACGGAAGACAAGAUUAUCGAGACCAUAUUGUCGGCCCCUGAAGAAUCAGAGGAACUAGAGGAAGGUGAAAUUCGUGAGGAUAACACCACUGUUGCCAAGCCGUUCGAGUUCAAGAACUCACAAGACGCAGCUGACUUUAGUAAUGCUCAUCCUUCUGUCCUGGGAGAUGACGGAGUUAUCCAUGACCGUGAGAAGGUGGAAUCAGAGCCAGCUCAGGGCCCUGAAGCUGCGGUCGAGGAAGAUGGCUCAGUUGAUCAGGAAGAACAAGAUACCAUUGUCGAGGAUGGCGAUCAGGAUGAUCAAGAGAGCACCGUCGAGGAAGUAACUAUCGAGCACAAAUCAUCGGUCUUGAAACCCACUGCCAAACCAUUCGAAUUUGUACCCAGUGAGCCACCAGUGAGAUCGAUAUCGCCCGUUGUGUCGCCCGUGCAGACUCCAGUAUCUCCACCACCAAAGAAACAAGGUCUCUACGCCUCACGAUACGCCGUGUCUGUUUCCCCCGAACCCACAGAAAAGAAGAGUGCCCUUACGGCUGGUCUCAAGGCCACUGGUCAGGCAGAGCAACCUCCUGCAGAAAAUCCCAACUCGUCUGAUGAGGAAGAGAUUGAUGCUGUCAUGAAACAGCUCAAUGACGGCGAUUCUAACGUCGGCGUUGAAAGGCUAGGCACUCCUCCCCCACAGCCUGUCUUCCAUGAUAACCUCAACGAUGCAGUUCCUCAACUCGCACCAAGCUAUGCUUCUCGCAGCAAUGCCCCUAGCCCUAGCUUGCGAGCCGAGCCAUGGCAACCAGAGUUCGUUCAGAAGGAGACAAUCGACCAUAUGCUACCACCAUCAGCUCUUUUGGCACAGCGCAGCCCAGCAUUGGAUGCCCAAUCCCCUAUCCGUCAACUGAACACUCAACCUCAAGAUCAUAUCAGUGACUGGGAUGACGCUAUUUCCUCUGGCGAAGAUGAAGAGCUCCGACAGAGAGCUCCCUUCUUCGAAACCCAUGUUAAAGACAUUGUUCAAACAUCUAUCGGCGAGCAUCUGGCUCCUGUAGAAAGAAUCUUGAGCGGUAUUCAACAGUCCAUUACGCUGAUGGGUACUCAGAACCUACCGCAGCCACACAAGUCUCUCUCAGCAAGAGUGGAACACAGCGAUGCUGAUGAUGAAGAUGAUGAGGAAGAAGGUGGUCACAGGUCGCGAUCGCCUUGGAACAAACGUGACAAGCUGGCUGAGAAGAUCAAGAGCAUUGUUACAGACGCCCUGGCCGCUCAUCAUCAGCCUGUUCAGCAAGAAGUUGCGCCAAAUGUCGACUUGUCUGAGAUCACAUUUACGCUCGCCGCGAUAAAAACUGCCAUUGCUUCGGUAUCGCAACAACAAAGUCAGUCGGAUGAUAUUCGGGAUAUGAUCUCCCGGAGCAUCUCGGAGCAUCCAGCUCUCCUAGCGAUGCAGAGCACCGAUGACAAGCCUGACUUGGCUCCAGAGAUGGAGAAGCUCAAACUGCAAGUCGACGGCCUGCAAAGCAUGCUGCGUCUAGCGGAUGAACGCGCUGACCAGGAGUACAAUGCACGAAGAGCUGCUCAGGAUUCUUUAGCAAUAGCUCAGAGACAGAUGGAACUUGCUGAGAAGGAGGCUGCAACCGAGCGAGAGGCAAGACUGGCUGCCGAGGAGGCCUUGGAGUUGCUCAAGAGCCAACAUCUUCCUCAAAUGGAACAGAGUCAACAACACUCCAGGGACCUCAAGGAACAACAAGAUAUCAUGCGCCUGACCCUUUCAGAGCUGUCUGACAAGAAUAUCGACCUUCAAGGCACUUUGGACGAAUACAGAGUGAGCGCUGAUCAAGCACGUGCCGAUAAGGAGAAGGCUGAGGCCGAAAACAAAGAUCUCCGUCGCACCCUUGAAAUCCUCAAGAUUCAGACCGAAGAAGGCGCCGAUGUCAAGGAGAAACUUCGAGAGAGGUUCGAGAGGUUACAAGGUGAUGUGACGACUCUUACCAAGGAUAUUGCCCAAGAGCAGGCUCUGUGGAGGAAGAAGGAAGUCGAGGCCAACAUCAAAUACAACACCCUCAUGGCCGACUUUACUCGCGAAUCUAAACAGCGACAGAAGUUGGAACUUCACAUUAACGAUCUUGAACAAAAAGAGAUGGAAGCCACGAAAUUAAGAUAUAUCUUAGACCAAUCUCAGAACGAAAAUGACAAGCUCGAGGAACUGUUGAUGAACGUUCGACAGGAAAGCCACGAUCACCAGACCAGAGCUGCUCGAUUUGAACGCGAAGCCAAGGAGGCCGUAGAAAACAGCCACUUCGAAGCUGAGCGUGUCAGGGUACUGCUAGAGGCAGAUCUCAAUGCGGCAAACCACCAAGUUAACUUUGUUCGCACUGAGCUCGAAGCUCAAAUAUCUAAUGUGCAGAGUCAGCUAGAUAAUGCCAGGAUGGACUCCGAGACGGCCAAGGCGAGAUAUGAACUCCUACUUGCCGAAGCUAGAGAUUCCAAACUGGCAGCUCUCCACGAUGCCUCCGAGUCCAAGGAGUCGGCUAUUCAAGACCAGCGCCGCCUCCACGAACGAACCUUGAAUGAUCUCCGUGAAAGACACGCUCGUGCUAUGCACAAUACUUCCGAAGAUAGGCAACGAGAUGAGGCCCAUUACAUGGAAGUGGUUGCGCUACGAGACGAAAAGAUCGAGCAUCUCCAGGAGAAGGUCGCCCAUAUCGAGGAAAAGCUCGAGAUUGCCAAAUCUGCCGCCCGCGCUGCAGCAGAGGCAGCGCAAAGUGCCAAAGCUGCUCCGGUGGUAGUACCCCAACCACCAACACAAACAACCGCGCCAUCUAUGACUUAUGCUCAGGGCUCGGAAGUCCCAGACAGAAUCUCACCACAGGCCUUGCGCGAAUCCAUCAUGGUCUUGCAAGAUCAGUUGCAACAGCGUGAGGGACGCAUUGAAGAACUUGAGCAUGAACUCUCGACCAUGGAUAAGGAUGCGCCCAUGAAGAUCAAGGAGAAGGAAACCGAAAUCAACUGGUUACGUGAAUUGCUCAGCGUUCGCGUCGACGACCUCCGGGAUCUCAUCCGAGCCCUCUCACAGCCCUCUUUCGACCAACACUCCGUUCGAGACGCUGCCAUCCGUCUACGGGCAAAUUUGCAAAUGCAGCAACAAGAAAAGGAGAGGGCUAUGUCAGGGGGUAACCAGCAAUUUCCCAGCUUAGCCUCCCUCACUAGUCUGGCAUCUUCUCCCCGUACCUUACCGUUGGCUGCGGCCGCAGCCUGGGGUAAUUGGCGCAAGGGGAACAACAACCCUCCCGCCGCAUCCACCGCAACGUCCAGUAGCGGCAGCAGCGGCGGCGACCAGCUCACCCCGUCCAAACCGUCCAAGCCAAUGUCAGCAUCUCAGGGCUUUCUCUCCGGGCUGAUGACGCCCCCAAGCUCCAAUACACGUGACACCCCUGUUGUGCCGCCUGCGCCGAUUGGAAGGCGAACUUAUUCUGAAAGUCGCCCCCUGAGAGGACAGAAUGCAGGCAUACACAGACUCUCUAGCCGCCAACUAGACAACAUCAUGGCCCCCACGACGCCGCCACUCCUGCGAACCUCUAGCUACGACCAUGAUGCUGAAACGAUGCAUUACGGCGCGGGUGGUCCGGCAGACGACAACGAUAACGAUAGCGUCAUUGGCGGCCUACUAGGACGGGAACCUGGUAUUCGCCCUAUCGAAGGCCCGUUUGGUCCGGAGAUUUAA